AUGCAGACUGCUUCUAAAAUCAUUUGUGAAAGAAUGGGUCGCUCUCAGGAGCUCAGUGAAUUCAAGUGUGGUACUGUGAUAGGUUGCCACCUGUGCAAUAAGUCCAUCCGUGAAAUUUCUUUGCUGCUAAAUAUUCCACAAUCAGCAGUUAGUGGUAUUAUAACAAAGUGGAAGCAACUGGGAACAACAGCAACUCAGCCACGAAGUGAGCGGGGUCAACGCAUGAAGAAGCACACAGUGCGCAGAAGUCGCCAACUGUCUGCAGAGUCAAUAGCUAAAGACCUCCAAACUUCAUGUGGACUUCAGAUUAACACAACAACAAUGUGUAGAGAGUUUCAUGGAAUGGGUUUCCAUGGC